UGAUGGCUUCGGGUUGAUGCUGAGGGUGGUACGCCGGGUUUCGAUAACGAUGCGCAGAAGAACGGUGGCAGCCCCGUAUACGCUGGAGCGCUUCAUUUUGCUCGUCGUGUGUGGGGAUGAAGGCAGCUUAAAGAUUGAGUACCUCCGUUAGUAACAUCGCAAGGUUUAAUCUAUAUCCAUAGACAAAGCACCAAAUGCACAUGCAGCACCGUGGUGAUAUAUUUCAAGUGUUUUAAUCAUGGAUGCAAUGUUUGCAUGGAUUGAAACUUGGGAGUAGGGGCAGCGUUGCCAGUGGGAACAAGGAAUGCAAAAUCAAUGGAGCAAGUCAGUGUUUGUCAACCCAGCCGCUGUGCGUGAUCAUGGGUCCAUUACCUAAACAGCAGGGUAGCUGAACGAUGGUCGAUCAUCAGAUGCACAUUAGAUUCGUCAUACCGAACAGUGGGAUAUAAUUGAAAAUUCUAAAUGAUGCGGGUUCAGUUACAUGGGAAGACGACGAGGUACUCGAAAUCGUGUGUGUUACGGUGAGUCGUUGGCCACUGCACGUGUAAGUGCUGCACGCAGUGUGUGCUGCAUUGGCUUGAGUACAAAGUAGAAGGCGGGAAAAACGCAGCGUGGGGUUUCGUCUACGGUAGAUAGCACAUGCUUUUCGAAAGCUUCGUAACAAUAAACGCAGUCACCGCUCCAAACGAUGCGUUUUCAUGAACAAUGCUGGAAGACCUUGACUCGAGCCAAUAGCAUUAAUUCCCAUCCUCUAAGUUCGCUACAAGUGUCUAUAAUAAUAUGCAACGACGAAUAAUAUAAAAUCGUCUGUAAAAAUUGCGCUGUGCUACACAAUGUGUCUGCGUAAUCACCAUUUAAGACUGCAUUGGUAUUACAAACACGACUACGGUGACUGCUGUGUGAUGCAUUGAAAGGGAAAUGUCAUUAUGUUUACUGUGCACGUCCACCCAGGAAAUUGUUACUCGCAUUUUAUAACUAUACCACCGUCUUCUGGGAGCAACCUUUAUGUUCUUCACGCAUCAUCAAUGGAUGAAGUAUAGCAUUACUGCUAACCAACGGAGGGAACGAACUACCUGGGAUUUUGUUUUUGUGUCAGAUGAGAACGUGUAACCCAGUAAGCAGGUACCUACCGCUUGCGCCAUAAUAUCUUGCCCCUGCUAAGUUGGGUUGCGACUGCGGUGGUGUCCGUGGCAUGUCAUGUUUGCUAGCUUCGGCAGCAGCGCCCAUCGCCACCGCCUUACGCCCGGCUUUCGCGACUUGCACCAGGUAUGCUGGUUCCAUCCACGGUGCUGCCUCUUACAAUGAUCCUUGGUCUGCCCCUUAUGUCAGCCCGCAGCGACCACCAGCAGCAACAGCAAGGACCACCCUUCGACGAGGCCAGUCUCCUCGAGUGCACAGGAGAUCAAUUCUGGGUGAACGUUACGCGGCGAGACGAUGGCGAUGCCUUGACUAGUGCCUGCCCGCGGUGCGGCGAUCUGUGCCUGCAGGCCGGGGCGGUCAGACUCCGCUGCGAUCUAAGGGAAUACCCUUGCACCUGUCGGUGCCCGGAGAACCAGACGUUCAGGACUGACAUCAAUUUGUGCGUGGACUCCUUUUCAGGCUGCAGCUCUCAUCCCUCAAUCCUCAAAUCGUCCCGGAUCCCGUUUGUGGACUUUCCAGGAACCCUGUCCCCUUCACCGCAGCCUGGAGCCAGCAAUGACCCCGACAGCCCCGUCACACCAUGCCAGGUCCGGAGAACGCGGGUCCUGAGGUGUGGCGGUUGGGGAAGCCUGGAAUCGUUAAAUGUCACGGAGGACGGGCAACUCUGGAGGGUCGCCCUGGAAACGGAUAGGGCCGUGGGUAGCAGUGUUUUGUGGACUGGCAGCCAAGACGCAUUUCAAUCGCUGAGUGGCUACGUGUUAAACCUAGAGAUUUCAUGUCCCAGUGAUAACCCAGAAACUACCUCCUGCGCCGUUGUCAAGAUGGCUGGAACUAGAGGCUAUGCAGUAUCCAUGGGGAGCACAUCCCCGACGUCGGUUGUGCACGACGUGACGGGAGAGGAGGUUACGACAGAGGGCGCCCUACUCAAAUGGCUCGUCACCAGCAAUAGCACAUCGGCUGGAAAUUAUACAAAAGAAAUGUCAGACGAGGAGUACCGACAGUUGGAGAUGUUGGUGACCGCUGUAUGUCUCAGCGUUGCCUUACUCCUAUGCGUGUGGCUGACUUGUUUCGCCCUCGAAAAACGGGUCCAAAGCAAAAAACGUGGCAGCGAAAAGCACUUUGCUUCUCAGACAAGAACGUACACGCAUGAAGUAUCUCACUGUCGUAAAACGUUGAUGGAUGUGUACGAUAUGCCGAUGAUUCGCUCCAACGCAUCGACGUCAGGGGGUACGGAAGAGGACGAUGCAGCUAGUCUCCCUGUCGUGUCGCUCAAGAAGAAAGAAAAGGAAGCGGCGGCAGCCGAGAAGAAGAGAGAUCACCAGGCGAACGGAGAGGACUCGACGUCGCCCUCCUCAUCGGAACAGCGCAUAGAGACGGGAUCGUCGUCGGAGACACUGGCUAGCGAGACGGCAGCUAGCCAAACGUCCUACCUUGGCGUGCCUGGAAAGAACUCAAACGAUCCAGAGUUCAAGAAUUGGCGGCCCUGUGCUAAGCAGCCGCCAUCGGGAGCCGCCAAGUCCGCUUCAUCUCUCUCCCCGAUCAAGAAGAAGAACCCUCCGGGUAUUCUGAAGAAAUCUCCCAACACCAGCCCGACGCGGUCACCGACCAGGUCGCCGUCUAUGGCCCGCCGGUCGCCCACCAAGAAGGGUAUCCUGAUUAAGCGGUCGCCGACCUUGCACAUGCGGUGGAAGGGCGUAGUGGCCCGCCAUUUUCAGCAGUCUCAGGCCCAGCCGCAGAGCCAGACCCAGAGUGGUGAGGGGAUAGAGAUGCGGGUCGUGAACGGUCUGACGGCUCAGGAGCCCCACCAAGUGCCCAAGCGAUCGAUUCUAAAGCACAGCUCCCGCUGGAGGGCGCUCGCCCCCAAGCUGGCACCCAUGGUCCGUGCGGAGGAGAUGGACGAUGACGUCCCCAAGCAGGACGAUGACGCCAAGCACCGUGUGGUGAUCAAGUGCGAGAUCCACCACGAGGACGAGAGACGGGAGACAGACCUGGACUCAGACGAGAAAGCCUACACGGAGAAAUCACCUCUCACCAAGAGCAUAAAGAUGGUGCUUGACCCCAGGCUAGACGCGCCAAACAAGAAAAACUGCAUAGAGUGGCGCCGCGAAGAGUACGACGGUGUGCCAUGCACUGACGUUUGAUGGUGCAUUGCAUUGUGGGAUGCUGAUGCACCGUGCUGAUCUAGUAUCAACUCAUGAAUAUGCAAUCUGGCUGGAUUGGAGCAAUCUUUCAAAAUAGUUUACUUUUGGUAAACGUAUUAUUAGGAAUAUCGUGAAAACUUCAGUGUACACAGUUAUUCUUCGAGAUUUACCGAACUGAACAGCGACGAUGCACCAUGACGUUUCUGUCUUAGCUGACAAUUUGGAAGCAUUAAUUAUUUGUGACCUGACGGUCGGAUGAACGUGACGCUCUGAAGUGGUCAGAUAUACUUCUUGUAUAAUUAUUUUGUCCAUUUUUAUCAACAAAUCAUAAAGUAUCAUACUCGUAUUGGUAUCGUGUGGUAAUUUGUCCUUUUGGACACGGUGAGAAUCAAUAUGAUUGAGUUUUAGUAAAAUAACUUUCAAAUGACUCAUACCAUGAAAUAAAGAUUUCAUCUUUCGAUGUGUAUUAAUACUAAUGACAAGAAGAGAUAAAGUCAGGUGUUUGUGUAGACUGCUGAGGUAACACGAACACAGUGUAAUUCAGCCCGGUGCCUCAAUACUAACUUCUUGAAAACAAAUCGUUUGUCAUCUGAUAUUUGGCUCAACGAUUUCACUGUACCCUUAACUCCACAGGCUCAUGAGCACCUCACUCAUUGCGUACAGGCAAAUUGUACAUGUACAAAGAGCCUAUUAGUUACCUGAAGUCAUGGUAAGGGGGCGAGUGGUUUCCAAAGACGACUUAGACGACGACAAGGACAUCGACAGGUCUGGAGAAUACGCGACAUAAUUGACAAGAACUUUCUUUUUUUCUAUUCCGUUUCUCUGUAUCCGAUAUCCAUUACUUUUUCCAGUGCAUUUCGAUAACCUUAAUACUCGUAUAUCUAGAGCCUCAGUCAGACCCUGGCCCCCCAACUCGGCAAAGCCUUCAUCGGUAGGUCCAACAAGGACGUUAUUGCCCCCUCCUUUCGGGGUUGAGAAGAAGGACGACUGUUUUUAGUACUCUUUAAUUUGCCUUCCUUCCCGAUGCGUGUAGAAGUUAAGCCUCACCUCGAUCUUGGACAGACCACGGAGGUAUGAAGGAAUCCCUCAUCCUUCCACCCCCCCCCCCAAUAAAAAUAGGUUGUGGAUCCGCCCUUGAAAGCCUCUCAACGCCAUUCCCAGGGCUAUGGCCUCCCGUCUUCUAUUACCCGUUGGCGUCAUCCUUACAACGGCCAUCUUUACCAUCGUCCCCGUCACCAACUUUAGUACUACUGGAAUUAAGCAUCUUUUAUUUUCGUCCCACCAUCAUCCCAUUGCUCCGUAUGACUGUAUCUUCACGGAGUUACGGGGACGGUACCUUUGUGCCACACUUUGCGUGAACAGAAGAUCUGCGCAUCUGGAAAGAACAGGCUUCAGCAGUAAAGCCCAGGUAAAACUGUCACGAUUUUGGCCCCAGUAACCCUCGAUUAAUCGCAGGGGUCAUUUGCAACUUCUUUAAUACGGAAACUGACAGUUAUUCAACGGUAAGCCUACGGAUAUUAAGGACACGUACGUCAAUCAGAUUCAUCACGUUUGCGCCGUGAUAUGUUACGAUCUAGUACGAUGUCGACGGUUCUCGUCCGCUAGAAUCGGAAAUAAGCUACGGCAAUUACAGACGAUUAUUCACGUUUCAAUUACGAGUGUUGUUAGAUUAAUGAAGAUUUAUCACCUGCAUUUAUACUUAGCAACCGUCUCAAAUUUGAAUUACGAUUGCACUAGGAUUUCUCCGCUUCUUCGUCGCUUCACCAUUGAUAGUUUUGAACAUCUUCAAAACUGCUGUGGCCCUUCCCAACCUUAAAGGAUCACCCUCAGUUCCUCCGGAAUUUCGCAUCUACCGUCAUGCAUGCGUCCAUGAUUUGCUACGCUUAACCAAGACUUUAUAAACCGGCAGCUGUUGGGGCCAAAAUUGUGACCAUUUGACCUGGGUUUCAUCUAAACUUUCAGAAAGGUUGAGGCGAUUUGCAGGCAGGGAAAGAAAGCCGAAACUAAAACGUCGAGCAAUCGGGCAUACUAGACAAAGACGCGACGCUGACGGACCGCUUAGAGCAUGUAACCAACACGUUUCAGUAUUAUGCACUUUCCAAAUAGCAAGCACUUAAAAGUGAUUAUUGUCAAGAAAUAUCCAGUAAAUCACCGAGGCAUUGAAAAUGUGGCAAGCACUACGUACUUGAAGAUUUAUGCUAAGAGUUCUACACGUACUCAUAUUAAGUUAUAUUUUGAAUGUGUAUGAGUUGUAUCAUAUCUUUAUUGUAAUUAUGGCCGCUGGUUAUAGUGUACUGAGGAAUGAUAAUGUUAUUUGUCACACCACCACUUUAAACAAUUGCAAUAAUUAUUUGUAGGCUCUUACCAAAAUGUUCCUUGAUCAAGUCUGACAAAAUACUCCAAGAAGAGAUGUUAAACUUUGCAUAUUUAGAUCAUACGACUAUUCCCACCACAUUUUGGCACGUUACUAAGACGCAGCGAUUCUUGCCCUUUGUAUCCAUUACACAGUAUAAUAAAGAGAUGACAUUCCUGGUCACUUUAUCACAGGGGUGGGUGUGUUUUGAGUGCUUUUGUGGGGUACCAGAACAACGGGAAGUACCCCACACAAGGAACAUUUGUUGCACUUGUGGGGUUCUUAGACCUUUAUUUAACGAAACUGAUAUUUGGAAUUUGGAAACGAAGGAAUUUUCAAAGUGAAAUUAACGCAAAUUGAGUUGUUAUAUUUAAGGGACGUUCGGUCGAAAUUUCAGCUUUUUUGAUUCAGGGCCAAAUGGAAGCAUUUAGAGAAUUGCACUUCACACAUUAAUUUUUUUACUACACAAGAACAGAGGAAAUUCCCACAAGGAUACAAAUGUAGUGGUUACGAGUGUGUGAGGGGGAAGAGUCCAAUAAUAAGUGAUGUCACAAUGGAAGUAAACACAGAAUUGUACACCUCCCUGGUCGAACAAAUAAACUACAGAUCAGCGGCUUUUAGUGUUA